AGAGGGAGGGGAGGAAAACUCAGAAGGAAGUGGCUUGGCCUCAACAAACUCUUAUUUGCUUCCAAAGCCAUUUUCUUCUGACCGGGCUGAGACUGCUGAUCCAAGAGGAGACACCCCAGACUCAGAAAAAACUCCUGCCUGACCCCAGAGGCCGGAGGCCGAUGCUAAGCAGACACAGCUGUUUUGAAGCCCCUCCAUGAAUCCCCGGAAGAAGGUGGAUUUGAAGCUCAUCAUCAUCGGAGCCCUGGGUGUAGGAAAGACCUCCCUCCUCCACCGCUAUGUGCAUAAGACGUUUUAUGAGGACUACCAGACCACGCUGGGGGCCAGUAUCCUCUCCAAGAUUAUCAUGUUGGAUGACACAACUCUGAAGCUACAGAUCUGGGACACAGGCGGACAGGAGCGCUUCCGCUCCAUGGUGUCCACGUUCUACAAAGGCUCCGAUGGCUGCAUCCUGGCUUUUGAUGUCACUGAUCUGGAGUCCUUUGAAGCUCUGGAUACCUGGCGGGGUGAUGUUCUGGCCAAAAUCAUUCCGGUGGAGCAGUCCUAUCCCAUGGUGGUGCUGGGGAACAAGAUUGAUCUGGAAGACCGGCAGGUGCCACAGGAGGUGGCCCAGGGCUGGUGUAAAGAGAAGAACAUUCCCUACUUUGAAGUCAGUGCCAAGAAUGACAUCAACGUGGUGCAAGCCUUUGAGAUGCUGGCCGGCCGAGCUCUGUCGAGGGCCGGUUACCUGGGAGCUCUACAGGAAGUCCGAGGAGCGGGACCACGCCUUCAUCGCUGAGAUGACGUCAUCAACGGGAAGCGCUCAGGGGGACUUGCGCCUGGGAGUGUGUGGCUGUUACUGGGUGAGAAGAGCAGAGCGGAACGUCCGGCUUUGCCAGGGUGGUGCGUGAGGGAGCGUCUCACACCUUCCCGAGGCGGCGGUGGCAUUCGUUUGUUCCAGAAUAAAGGGCCACGGAGCUCAGACAGCUCAGACAGCCACAGCCUCUCGGGGCUCUCCCGGUCUCCGUCCCCAGGGCUGGCGGCACGGGCAGCGGCCGCAUGGGGGGCACUGGGGUCCCGGCUGGGCCUUGCGUGGAUGUGAGGGUGGGUCACAGCAGGCCCUGCAGGUGGGUCCAAAAGUCCCGAUUUUAAAAAUCCCCGAUCCCAGCCAAGGUCUCCUCAGCUUUCCUGGUGACAGAGGGACCAGGAAGGUGCCACAAUAAGAGCCUCUGUUCAAAGCCUGUCUUGCUAAGAGCAAUGGAUCACCCAAGGUACAAAGGGACCUACAGAGUAACAUUUUGCUCCUCCCUGCCCCUCGCUGCAGGUCCAGAAAGGUCAGGAUUUCAAGGACAGUUAGCUCAGUGGAGUGAGCGGGUCCUGCCCACAGCAGAGCAGCACUUGGAAGACUGGGCAAUGCCUGGGGCUGUGUGGGCCAGAGCCCCCAGCCCAGGCCCAAGUGGUGCUGGGGAGAAGGAGACCCCGGCCUGUUCUCUCUCCUCACACAUCUCAAGGCAGGACUGUGCUCCCGCAGCGUGAGAGCUGGGGCUGCGCGGGGCACCCCAGUGGGGUCCGCACGGAGGGGCUGGGACUCUUCCAGGGACGGGGAGGCUGAUGGUUGGUCUGAGAUGUGGGGGCAUCCCAGAGGGACAGGCUUUAGGGAGACUUCCCCAUUCCCAAUACUAAUCCUGCCUGUUAAUAUACAUAUUUACAUUUAUAUAUUCCAUAUGUAUAACACAUUACAAAUAAAAUUCUAAUAACACAAAA